CAUGGGUCGAUUAGUUGGGUCUGGAUCACGGAUUGUGAACAGGAAAUAAAGUGCUGUUUUCUAGGCUCGCCGUUAUGUUUUGUUAUGGGCUAACGUUAACCGUAUUCCCUCUGCCAUAGGAAUACUCAAGCUUGAUAAUGUCGCCGUUGUUAAUGCCUCUGCGUUUUCGUGCUAUGUGUAAAUAUAAGUCAAUCACACGUUAUUCAAAUGCGAUGUCGAAAGGAGGUAGAUGGCGUGUCGGCUACCGACUGUCGGAUAAGCAGAUGAACGCCUGGUCACAACAACAAAGGCAGUACAUAGGAAAGUCUAGUACAGAGAACUCCAACACCAAGUUCUAUCUGUGGUUUGGUGGAAUCGGAGCGGGGAUAGUUCUAGCGCUUGGACUCAAGUAUCGUAAUGAUGGUGGCAACAGUUUAUGCGAUGCUGAAGUUUCAGAUGAGAAGAGAAUCGGCACGUAUCAUUCAGCCGUCAGGGUCAGUAGAGACCUGGUGGAAAGAAUAAAGGUAGGCAGCAAGUACAAGGUGGGGGCACCUGGAUUGGUCAUUGGAGUCUCUGUAGAUGGCCAGCAGGUGUGGUGUGAAGGCUUUGGUUAUGCUGAUCUGGAAAACCGCAUAGCAUGCAGACCAGAGACAGUGAUGCGCAUCGCCAGCAUCAGUAAAUCCCUCACAACCGCAGCUGUGGCUCACCUCUGUGAAGAGGGAAAACUAGACCUGGAUCUGCCCGUUCAGCAAUAUGUCCCUGAGUUUCCUGCUAAACAGUUUGAUGGAGAAGAUGUCACCAUUACCCCGAGAAUGAUUCUGUCUCACCUCAGUGGGAUUCGCCACUAUGAAAGAGAUGCCAAGAAAGUGAGAGAAAACAAGGAGAAAGCAAAGAGACCUUUGAGGUCACCAAUCAAAGAAGAGACUAGCUUGAAUAAAGGUGAUGAGAAGAAUACAAACACAGAAGAGAACAUCUCCAAGGAAUCCAAACAAGCAAAACCCACGGAGAGGAAGAAAGAGUUUGAGCAGGAGGAGUACUACCUGAAAACCAACUUUGAGAAUGUCUUCCAGGCCUUGGACCUGUUCAAGGAUGACCCGCUCAUCUUCAAACCCGGCUCCACCUUCCUGUACUCCACCCAUGCCUUCACCCUUCUCAGUGCUGUCGUUGAGCGGGCGGCCGGGCAGAACUUUUUGGAUCUCAUGGGGAACAUGUUCCAUGAGCUGGGGAUGGUCCACACGGUGCCAGAGGAGAAUGAGCCCAUCAUUUACCACCGCUCACGAUAUUACCACCUGAACAAGAAGGGGCGGGUGGUGAACUGCCCAUAUGUAGACAACUCCUACAAGUGGGCCGGAGGUGGCUUUCUGUCCACAGUUGGAGAUCUGCUCUUGUUCGGCAAUACCCUGCUCUACAGCUACCAGCUUGCCCCGCUGAAGGACACCAACGGUCUUCUGCCUGGCUUCCUCAGACCACAGACCUCCCUGGAUCUCUGGGCCCCAGUGGACAGGACAGAGGCCAGCUGGGAUAAGGACGGACUGUAUGCCCAAGGGUGGUUAGUAGUGGAGAAAUCCCAAAAGUAUGGCCAGUGCAAACGUCGCAGGCACUAUGUUUCACACACAGGGGGCGCUGUUGGAGCCAGUAGUGUUCUGUUGAUAUUACCCAGUGAAAGGACACCUCACCCUGAAGGAACGAGGGCAGAGUUCCUCCCCCGGGGAAUUGUGGUCACCAUCAUCACUAACAUGCAAUCUGUGGGGCUUAAUAGCACGGCACUGAAAAUAGCCUACGAGUUUGACAAAGCUACUAAGGAGAGCUUGUAAGAAGAAUCGGCUGACCCAACAGCCCCAAACAAUACACAUUGUAUUAUUAUAUUUUUCUCUGAAAUCACUGAUGGAAAAUCAUUUCUAGUAGUAGUGUAUUUUCUGAUUCGUUUCCAAUUUUACAAACUUUGUAAUAAAUACUACAAUUUAUCACCACUAGGUGGUAGCAAUACAAGUUAUUUUCCAUAAACGGACAUUUGUAUAAAAAAUAUGAUAACCCUAACCCAUACUCUAUUAUUUGCCGUGUGAAAUUAUUUAUUCUAAACUUAUCUUCAGAAAAUACAAAAGUGACACCCUCGGGUAGCAUCCCAGUUUGUUGGAGUUUUACAGGAUGACGUUUUUAAUUGCUUUGGUUUGCCCAUUUUCAAUACGAAUUGCACGCGUGUAUUUACGCACAUUCAAAAUGUUAUAAUUUAUUGUAUUUAUGUUAUAUUUUGUAUCGACAAAACUAUACAAAGGAGUUAAAAAUGAGGUCUGUCAAGUUUGUGUGGAUGUCAUCAAUCCAUAAGCAAUUAUUAAUCUAAGUCUUUAUAUGGUGUCAAGAGAUUAUUAGUUCCAAGAAUAAGAAUUAAGACAUAACACUUGACAAAAACAUACAUUGAGAAAGCAUGUCUGUGUUGAAUAUUAUUUGAUAUGCUCUUUAAUAUUUACAUAUAAUUUACUUUUCAUAAUAGUCAAAAAAAAAAAAAAAAACUCUUAAUACAUCAGUCUAAUAUUAAUCGAUGUCUAAAAAAGUUAAUUGUAUAAAGGUAACGUAACAUUAACUUCCCAUCCACAUUCAUCACGCUAUAACGUUAGAUGGCAAUUGAAUUGCUCAUUUACGCUUUAGGCCUACACUGGGUAAAAGCAUGUAGGUCUGUGUCGUGACAAACUACUUUGUCAAAUUGCAUUAAAUCGACAUAAUUGGAGGCUAUAUAUACGUACAUAUAUCCUUGGUGCAGCGGUCAUUAUAACUAAUCCAGAUAGAUCAUCACCAGCCUUAAUUAAUGCAGGGAGGAUCGGUGAAUACAAUAUGGCCUGUUUGAACUGUGUUCGCUCUUCUAAUCACCCCUUCACAUCCACUUCCAAGGCAGCUUGCGGUCCCUCAGAGAAACCACUCUUACGUCCACGGUAAAAUGGGACUACUGUGCAUGAAUACAGUAUAGGGUCAUACUCUAGACUUCACCCUCCAGUACUGUUGUCGGCCGCUCCGUGAGCUGUCUGUUUUGGUUUUCCACGUCCUGUAUCAACACAGAACAUAAUCAAUGUCCAUGUCCUUACUUUACUAGGCUACUUAAAAGUUAGAAAAGCAUAGGCCUACAUUUCUAAGUAUCGACACAACUGUAUCUACCACUCCAUUUAAGGCAGUGUUCCUGAUCAGCAGUCAUAGUAUUUUUUUAUUGGCCAUGUACAUA